AGUAUUGCACAGACUUUCCAUGAUUCCACACCAACCUUGAAAGCCCCCUCUCACCACAGGAAGUGCGCUGACCACUGGAGAAAUAAAAGAGACUCGAAGGAGCAGUUCCUCAUCCUCUCUCUGCACAGCUCGGCAGGACCUCAGCCAUGAGACUUCUCAUCCUGGUCUUCCUCGGCCUCUGCUGUCUCGCCGCUUACACUGUGGAAGGUGUGGGGAGUGAAGUCCUUGAAAAGACCAUCUGUGUGAGCCUCACCACCCGGCGACUGCCAGUUAAGAACAUCAAGACCUACACCAUCAAAGAGGGCUCCAUGAAGGCAGUGAUAUUUUUUACCAAACGUGGCCUUAAAGUCUGUGCUGAUCCACAUGUUGAAUGGGUGAAAAAAGCAGUCCAUACGAUAGACAAGUCCACCAGAAGAAAUGUGAACCAGACCAAGCCCACAGGAGCCCAACAGUCCACCAAUACAGCUGUGACCGUGACUGGGCAGUGACCCUUUGGCACCUUGUCCCCUUGCUAGCCAGCCAGCUCCUUCCUCUUUAAAGUUCAUGGACUACUUACAUUAUAUUCACCUUUUAUAAAAGUGCUACAUGAAUCAAAUAUUUUCUUGUAUUUUAAUUUUUUUAUGUCUUUCAUAUUCAUUUGGAUGCUUUAAUUAAUAAAUAUUUAUUAUUAGGAA